CGGGAGUGGCGGGGCUGAAAGCUUAAAAGCGUGAAGCGUCGGCCUCCGCCUUCCUUCCCGAGAGUAAUAAUGCAGGUGUGCUGGUUGGUGAGACAGGACAAUUGGCACCAACGAAUCAAGCUUCCCCAUCUGGAAGUGAUUGUGCUUGGGCGCAGCCCAGAGACCAAGAUCACAGACAAGAAAUGUUCCCGCCAACAAGUCCAAUUGAAAGCAGAAUGUAAUAAGGGCUAUGUCAAGGUGAAGCAGGUAGGAAUCAAUCCCACCAGCAUUGACUCAGUCAUAAUUGGGAAGGACCAAGAAAUGAAGCUAAGGCCUGGCCAGGUUCUCUACAUGGUGAAUGAACUUUAUCCAUAUACUGUAGAGUUUAAGGAAGAGUCAAGUCCAGUGAGACCCAGUAAGAGAAAGAAGUCAGGCAACAGUGAUUUUGUAGAAAGUAAUGCUGCUCAGGAUACUGAGCCUGGGACAAGAAUGGAAUCUGGGAUCCAUCCUAGCCAAUGCUCUGUGCCCCCAAAGAAGAGCAAAGAUGAUGCAUCUACCAAAAAGGAAUCACUGGGCCACUGGAGCCAAGGCUUGAAGAUUUCUAUGCAGGAUCCCAAAAUGCAGGUUUACAAAGAUGAGCAGGUGGUGGUGAUCAAGGAUAAGUAUCCCAAGGCUCGUUACCACUGGCUGGUCCUACCGUGGGCCUCUAUUUCCAGUCUGAAGGUGGUGAGCAGGGAACAUCUUCAGCUCCUCAAACACAUGCACACUGUGGGGGAACAGAUGAUUGCAAAUCACACUGGCUCCAGUAAGCUCCGUUUCCGAUUGGGUUACCAUGCCAUUCCCAGUAUGAGCCAAAUACAUCUACAUGUAAUCAGCCAGGAUUUUGAUUCUCCUUGUCUUAAAAACAAAAAGCAUUGGAAUUCUUUCAACACAGAAUACUUCCUAGAAUCACAAGCUGUGAUGGACAUGGUACAGGAAUCUGGCAGAGUGACAGUUCGAGAUGGAACAUCUGAGCUCUUGAAGCUGCCUCUCCAUUGUCAUGAGUGCCAGCAGCUGCUACCUUCCAUUCCUCAACUGAAAGAGCAUCUCAAGAAGCACUGGUCAGAGUGAUUCUGUGGAGUGGACAACUGCAACAACUGUGGAUGGUUGUCCAGAGAAGACUGGGCACCUGUUCUGCAUUGUGUGUGAACCUUUAUUUCUUGAAUUAAAACAUGCAGCUUUUUGGGGCUGGAGCAAUAG